AUGAUUCAAAGCAGCAGUGACUCCAAUAAGCUAAACCUCUCGCACAUUCCGUUCUUUGGCAGCAAGGUCACAAUUUUAUCAUGCGGAGAAGACAUCUCCGUUAGAAGCCUGAGCUUCCCUGUUAUCUUCCACACAGCAAAGUCAAGUGGAUUAGGAUAUCAGACUCCAUAUAGUUGUGUUUCCCAUCGUUUGGUCAAGAUGUUGAAGUAUUACGUCGACAUAAUUUGGAACUGA